AUUGAAUACGAAGGCGGAAACAAACAAUGGGACCUUGAGGCACACGGCUAACUGCUGGACCGACCGAUAUGUGCUGGUCGUGGUGCUAAGUUACCUGUUUAUUUCAUAGUAUAGCUACUGACAGCAUAACCGACCAAACUGUGACGCAGUGUCCGUGGCAAAAAUGGAGCAGGAGAAUAUGCAGGAGUCUGUCAUUUCACCUGCUACCCCAGGGACUGGGAAGUCCAAGCUGGAUACAUUGUCAAAAGAUGACCUGAUUAAAUAUGCAAAAAAGCAAAUGGCUCUCCUGCAGAAGGUGAAGUCGAAAUGUUCAGAUCUGGAAAAGGAGGUAGAGACCCUGAGAGAGAAUCCCAGCGGCGUCACCGGUGACUGUGUCAUCCAGGAACUGACGGAGAGAAUGGAUGCCAUCUUGCUGGAGAAAGCAGAAAUCCAACAGAAUCUGGUGCUUCUGCGCAAGGAAAAUGAAAUGGUCAAGGAAAGGGAACAGCAUGCUCUGGAGAAGCUGAAAAGUUUUCAGGAACUGCUGGACCAUGCAAACAGGGACCAUGUGAGAAAAACUGAGGAUUUGCAAAAGGCCAUGGAUGCCUCUAAUGUGAAGCACAAGGAGGAGGUGGAGGCAUUGCAGAGACAAAAUGAGAAAAGGGCAAAAGAACAGAGUGAGGAGUUGAAGAAGCUGCAGAUAGUUAAUAUGGAGAAGAAUGCAGAGAUGGAGAGAUUGAAAGAAGACCACCGAGUCAUGCUGUCUGAAUCCCAUAGGGAGCUAGAGGUCCUACAGGAGGAAACCAAGACUAUGAAAAUGGCCCAUGAGCAAGAGGUGAGGGAGAUGACUGAGCAGCUGGAGCUUACAGUGGCAGAUUUUGAGAUGGAAAAGGAGCGACUACUGCUUCUACAAGAUGAGCUCACUGAACAGCUGGCCCUCAAGGAGACCUUCCUUCAUGAUGUUCAAGAGGAGGAAGAAGAGCCUAGCAGGACCAGAGACUGUUCUGGAUAUUCCGAGAUCUCUGCAGCUUCAGCUUCUGAUGACAUGCAGGAUGAGGUGGUGCGAUUGAGGUUGACAUUUGAAGACCUUCAGUCCCAGAACACCAUGCUCCAGGAGGAACUUACCUACCUUAGCAAUGUGAAGACUGAACUAGAGUCUCAAAUACAUCAAAUGAAAGAUGAAUUCCAGCAUGAGAGGGAAGACCUUGAAUUUAAGAUUAAUGAGCUGCAGAUGUGUAAGGAAGAUGAGAGGAUGGUGAGAAAUGGUUCAGAGGAAAACUUGGAAACAGUACAAUCUCAACAUGUGCAGGAGCUGGAAACCUUGAAGGAGAUUCAUAAGAACGAUAUGGCUGACCUUAAAAAGUUUCUUUCUGAAGUUGAGAAGGAAAAGGAGAAAAGCAAUCAUGAACUUCAAGAGUUAAGAAAUAGGUGUGAGCAGCUACUAUUGGAAAGGAAUUCAGCAAUUGAAGAAUAUGAAAAAACUAAAGACAUCCUGAGAAACCUGGAAUUGGAGUUGGGAGACCGAACUGGAAACUUUAUCAAGCAGUACAAUGCAAUGAAGGAGCAAGGAGCUUCGGCUAUUGACCAGCUGCAGCAGAAACUGAGGUCUGCCUACAAGGAGAAGGACCUCCUGCAGGAGCAAUUAAACACCUUGACGCUCACACUGGAGAGUUGCAAGGAGGAAGCCAAAGCUGCAGAAGAUCUGAGGGUUUCUUUGGCUAAUCUGCAGCAGAAUAACAAGGACAUCCUCUCCAUUCUUCACCAGAAAGAGGGCACAAUCAUGGAGCUAGAAGAGACCCUCGAUGUACUGUCUAAUGCCAAAAAGGACAUCCAUGCAGAAAUGGAAAGAGUGAAAAAUGAGUAUGAUAUAGAGCAUGCUAAAGCUGUUGAACUGGAAAUGAGUCUUUACAACCUUUCCCUGUGUAGCAAAGAUAUGCAUCAGAAAUGUGAAGAGUUGACAACCACCUUAACAUGCACCCAAGCAGAGAAGGAGAGCAUGGGCCAUGAGCUGGGCACUCUGCAGGGGGAACUUGCACAAGCCAUUUUGGAGAAGGAUCAGCGGACCUCUGACCUCCAGGUUCUAGCCAAAGAGUUGGCCAGGCUGAAGGAAAGUGAGAGUGCCUUGCAGGAAACCAGCAAGGCACAGUGUGUGAAUGCCACAGCAUAUGAUGAGGAAAGAAGAGUUCUAGAGGAACAGUUGCAUAUCCUGUCAGAGGAGCGAGAUACGUUGAAGCGAGAGGUGGAGGCAAAGCAGGUCCAAAUCUCCCGUGCAUGGAGCCACAUUUUAGCUUUGCUGGACCAGAGCAAUGAAGAAGUUGUUAAGAGGGCAGCAGAAGAUAUUCCGACCCUGGUGGAUAGUGUCUUGGCCCAGGUGAAGCAUGACCUGCUGCAGCAGAGUAGUGAGAGGGUGGCCCAGCUGGUGCAGGAGGCAGAGAAUAUGAGGGAGGAGAGUAUGCAGCGAGAGGCAGAGUUCCAGGCCUGUUUGGAGGAUCUGAACCGGGAGAAGAGCCUGCUGAAGACCAGCUUGGACGAACAGAUUGCUGACACAGAAGCCUUGAACAGAGACUUGUCUGACAUGAAAGCUGUGAACAUGAAGGGCAAGGCUGAAAACCAGGAGUUACUUGCACAGCUUGCAGAUGUGGCAGAGAAGCUGCAAGGCAUGGAAAACGAGUCAGGCAAAACCGAAAAACCGUUUGACGAAAGUGCAUGUGAGAAAGAGGAUAUGCAGCGGCUGUUGGCUGAGAAGGAAUCCCUGCUAUUGCACUUACAGAAAGAGAUAACAUUUCUGAAGGAGUCUCAAAAGGAUUCUGACCAGUCUGAAGAUAACAUGGUUACCGAACUUUCGGCAAAGAUUGCCGACCUCCAAAAAGAAAAUACGGAAAAAGAAGAGAAGAUGAACAAGAUAAAAGCUGUGGCAGUGAAAGCUAGGAAGGAGCUGGAUAGCAGCAGAAAGGAGGUCUUUAAUCUGAGAGAGGAGGUGGAGAACCUGAAGGAGGAGCGUGACAGAAUGUCUAACUCAGUAAAGGAUGUCCUACAGGGUGCAGAGGGCUACAAGAAUCUUUUGGUGGAGUAUGACCGACAGACGGAGGAGCUAGAGCAAACGAAGGAGAAAGUGGAAGAGACAGAGCGACAGAUUGGGGAUCUGAACAAGCGUUUGCAGGCUACCCUUUUGCAGCAUGAGCAGUCGACCUCUGAGAGGGAAGACAUGAUGGCACACUUGGAAACUCUGCAAAGCAAUGUCAAGCAGCUGGAGGCUCAGGCUUUGGAGAUGCAUAAGCUGAAAUGUAAUCUGGAAAAGGACCUGAAGGCAGAAAGGCUUUUAAGAGAACAAAAAGAGAAGGAGCAGUCAGCCAUCGUGAAGGAGGCUGAGGACUUGACGGCUCAGCUACAGCGACAGAAGCAACAGCUUCAGCAGGCAGCCCAGGAGGUGGAGCAGCUCAGGAAAGAUGCCCAGCAAAGUACGCUCAUGGACAUGGAGAUGGCCCACUAUGAACGGUUGGUCAAGGAGCUGAACCAGAAGCUGGUUGAGAAAGACAGUCACAUCCAGGAGCUGAGUGAUGAGAUACAGUCUCGGAGGAAGGCCGAGGAUGGACUCGCCGAAGAGAUCGUGUCUCUGAAGUUACGCGUGGAACGGGGUGAAGAAAAGACAUCCAAGAUGAAGCAGCUCCUGGUUAAAACAAAGAAGGAACUGUCUGAUGCCAAGAAACACGAGGUGGAUCAGAUGUUCGUCCAGGCCUCACUGAAGGGGGAGCUAGAGGCUCAUCAGCAGCAACUGGAGGACUACAAGAUACAGUGCAGCAGUUUGACAGCAGAGAAGCACCGGCUGCAGGAGCAGCUGAGGACCGUCACAGAGCAGCAGCAGCGGACAGCCAGCACCUUCCAACACAGGCUGAGCACCUUGCAAGAGGAGUGCAGCACAACCAAGGCUGAGCUGAGCACGAUGACGUCGGAGUUCGAGAGCUACAAAGUGCGCGUCCACAAUGUCCUCAAACAGCAGAAGAACAGGAACUCAACAAAAAAUGAAAGUGAGGUAGCCAAGCAGGAAAGGGAGUACAUGGAGAGCAUGCUGGAGCAGCUGCAGCUUAGGCUGCAGGACACCCAGCAGAACCUGCAGCAGAGCUGCUGUGACCUGCAGCAGCUGCAAGCCGAACACGACACACUGCUGGAGAGACACAACAAGAUCCUGCAGGAGGGUGUGGCCAAGGAGGCUGAGCUCAGGGAGAGGCUCCUCUCCCUACAGUCGGAGCACAUGACCCUGAAGACGGAGCACACCCAGACAGUGAGUCAGCUGAGCGCCCAGGCAGACUCCAUGCGCAGUACCUUCCGGGAGCAGGUGCGCCACCUGCAGGAGGAGCACCGCAGCACCGUGGAGACCCUGCAGCAGCAGAUUAGCAGACUGGAGAGUCAGCUGUUCCAGCAGCAGCAGCGGGAACCUGGUAUUACUAGUCCAGUGUCAGUGCCACAGGCUAGGAAGGUCCUGCAGGAAAGGAAGGCUGUAGACCUGAGCCUGUUGGACCUGCAGUCCAUGGCACGGGAGGAGGGAGAGGGCAUGGAGACCACGGAGACAGAGUCUGCAUCCUCAACCAGCACCCCUUUACUGUCACUGGACCAGCUGCUCACUUCCCCAGACCCCAAGCAGGAGCCCUUCAUCUGGUUAGCAGAGGUCAGCAAAGAGGAGCUCACCCAGAAGCUGAACACGGCCACGCGCAGCCUGGAGCAUGUGAACGGCCUGCUGCACGAGACUGAGGCCACCAACGCCGUGCUCAUGGAGCAGAUUGCCCUCCUGAAGAAUGAGGUGCGCAGGCUAGAGAGGAACCAGGAGCGUGAGAAGUCGGUAGCCAGCCUGGAAUACCUGAAGAAUGUGUUACUGCAGUUCAUCUUCCUGAAGCCAGGGAGUGAGAGGCAGGCCCUGCUUCCAGUCAUCCACACCAUGCUGCAGCUGAGCCCUGAAGAGAAGAGUAGGCUAGGGGCCAUCGCCCUGGGUGAUCAGGAGUCAGCAGCAGGAUCCCGGGCGUCUGGUUGGACUUCAUACCUGCACAGCUGGUCGGGAAUCCGGUAAAAAGAAGGAGCUGCUCAGCCAGGAGUACGUCACGUCAGGGUCUAAUAACACACAUCUGAAAACAUCUCUACUUCUCAGCCAGUUCUCUUCCUGCUAUGUAACAUUUCUUUUCUGCAGAUCUGUAUUUUUGAUAGACUUUUUUUGACUUUUGUAUACUUUGUCAUUCUGGAAGCCAUAAACUAAAUUUUACCAUUGGUUUCAGCCUCUUAUGGUCUCUUACUGAAUGUUUGCCUUUCUCCAAUCACUCAAUAUAUGCACCUUAAGACAGGAUUUUUUUUUUUUUGUAAUCUGCACUAUACGUGUUUAAAGUGGCCCAUUUUGUUUGUUGUCUGUAUGGAUGAGUGUCUGUAUCCGUCUAAAUCUCUACAGUGACAAGGGAGUGACAUUACUGCCCUGUGACUGUCUGGUGACUGUCCUAGGGUGCUCUACUGUCUGUGACAUUAGCCACAGCUCCAGAGACCCCCAUGGAUGUCCCCUUAACACCUCAAUUUAUACCUGAUAUUAACUAAAUUAUGGCAAGAUUGUUUGUUUCAUCACGGUAGUAUUUAAAGAAAACAAUUUUGCAAUUUUAAAAUAAAUUUGAUAUUAUUUGAGCCAAUAUCAGUAAUUCUGGUAGCUAGUCCUUAAGAAUAAAACUCGGGGAGUUAAAAUAUACUAUAAUGUGGGGCAACUGCAUAAAAUACUGGUAGCGUAUAAAUGAAGAGGUGGAGACGUAGUUCUGAAUGUAUUUAAAGUAAAACUGAAAACGAACCAUGUUUUAAUGCUGUCUUAUUUAAGUUCUUGUUUCUAGUUCUGUUAAAUCCUUGUAGUUAGUACUUUAAACAAAUCGCUAGCUAACUUUUUUUUUUUUUUGGCUUGUCACUGAAUUUUGUGUAAUUCUGUACUAAAUGCCUGUAGUACUGACUUGAGAUUUGGAUAAGCUGCUGAGAGAUAUAAAAUAAACCAGUAGGGGAGAUUAAGAGGACAAGUGCAAUCUGAACCACAUGUUUAAGACCAUGCUUUAACUGUGAAUGUCAGAAUAAAAAUAUACAUUUAAAGUUAA